GACUGGGGGAGGGUCAGCGGCAGAGGUCAGAGUUGAGGCAGGGUGAGACACGCGGCUGAGCUCGAGCGCACAUUUGUUGGAAAAUGCCGAAAGCUAAAGGGAAAAGCAGGAGGAAGAAGUAUGAUUACAAAUCUGAUCGGAAAAAGCUCAAACGUAAGAUGCUGAAGAAAACAGCUCCGCGGAUCGAGUGUACACAAAUAAGAAAAGCAUGGAAUAUCAAGAAAACAGUUGCUCAGAAUUUAGCUGACAUGGGUUUGGCAUCUGAUCCAAACCAUGCAAUUCCGAUUAAGAACAACAAGCAAAUGAAAAUGGAAACAGCCUCAAAAGAUGGAAAACAAGUCAUUAUUAAACCAUAUGUCAUUAAAGAGCUAGAGGCAGAGGCUAGCCUUCCAGAAGUAAAAAAUACUACCCUCUCCAAAGAAUUAAUUGACUUUGUGCGACAUAUGGUUGAGAACUACAAGGACAAUUACAAGGCAAUGGCCAGAGACGAGAGAAAUUAUUACCAGGACACACCAAAUCAGAUCAAGAAUAAAAUUGCGUCUUACAAACGUUUUUAUCCAAGUGAAUACAAUGCUUUGGUAACUCCUUUGCAAGAGAAGAUGGAUUUAUCUUGAGACCAGAUUUUUUUUUAAAUGGACUGUAGUAUUCAAGAACUACAUUAUCAGCCUUGAGAACUAGAUUUCUUCUGUAGUUCAGUUCUUGCAUACCAUUCCAUUUUGUAAAGGGACUAUUAUGUAUGUUUCCCUAAUGGGCUACUGUAAAUUUUGAGACAAGAGCUAUUUGUGAUUUUCUCCUCCUGGAAGUGAAUGGUAUGGCCUGCUAGUUGUCAUUAAAAUUGUGGAUCUGA